CCCCAAUUUCAUUUCAACACUUCUCUCUCUUUUUACUCAAAAGUCAACUCUCUCCUUAUUUCUUUCCAUUUCUCUCUCCCUCUCCUUCCCCGCCUAUUCUCUCUCCUCCAACAAACUUCUUCUUUCUCUCUCCUCCAUUUUCCACAUUUUACACCUUCAUUUCUUCAUUAGCUAUGAAAAUACUACUCUAAUCUUUCAUUUUAAUCACCAUCCUCAGAUACCCUACAAUAUAAUUGAGAUCAUUACAGAAUUUAUUUAAAUUAAAACCCAUUUGUUUGCUGAUUUGAUUUUUAGUUGUGAAGUACGAUAAAAAUGGGUAAUUCCAUUGGCAAAAUCGGAAUAUGUUUCACUGGUUCCGGCGAGGCCCGACGGGUUUAUAAGCAGGAACCUGGUAUGUACAUGGACCAGUAUGACGAGGGAUUGGGCCAUUCCUUCUGCUAUGUCCGGCCCGAUCCGGCGGCCCGGAUAUCUCACUCUGCUUCCUCGAAGAUCCACUCGGAAGAGUCUGCGGCGGCUGGUGUUUCAAUUUUCAGGUCGAUAUCCGGUGCAUCUGUCUCGGCAAAUACCUCCACGCCGCUUUCCACCGCUUUCGUGGCGGACCCCACUGCCGCGUCAGCAACUGCUGCUUUCUUCGAGAGCUCCACCUCUUUCUCCUCCGUCCCACUUCAGCCUAUACCCCGUGGAUCCUCCCUCAGUUCGGGUCCACUCUCCGGCCCAAUCACCAUCGAUCGCGGGUUCUUGUCGGGACCCAUUGAGCGAGCUGGGUUCUUGUCCGGCCCGCUCGAUCGUGUAGGCCCUGCUCUCUUCUCUGGGCCACUCGAUCGGAGCUUAUCUGUACAAGGAACAUGGGCCGGGUUCAAGCCUAAGAAGCGGUCCGGGUCCCUGAUCCGGGGGCUCCGACAAGCGAUUGCAAAGACGUUCGGGCAAAGCUCGGUUGCCCCGGUAAAAGGUAACGGCGGCGUCGGUCAGGAUAACUGGGUCGUUGGUGGAUCCGGGUCCGGGCUAGGGCCCGAGAUAAGUGGAAGCUUGAACAUGAGCUCGGAGAUGAGUAUAGGUGAGAGUGAUUCAUGGGAAAGUCAGAAUCUUCAGUGGGCACAGGGGAAAGCAGGGGAGGAUCGUGUACAUGUGGUUGUAUCAGAAGAACAUGGGUGGGUUUUUGUUGGGAUUUAUGAUGGAUUUAACGGCCCUGAUGCAACGGAUUUCUUACUAUCAAAUUUGUACUCAAAUGUUCAGAAAGAGCUAAAGGGUUUGUUAUGGGAUGAUAACAGUAAGUUUGAUUCAUCAUCAUCAUCAUCAUCAUCAAAUCUUCCUAAUAACAGCUGUUGUUCUUCUGAGAGUAGCAGUAAUAGUAGUAGAAGUAGUAGCUGUAGUUCUGAUAUUGAAGCUUACGAGUUCUUCGAGCGCGAAAAUUACCCAGAAAGUAGUAUAAGUGGUGGGGAAUUGAAUGUUAAAAAAGGAAAGAAUUCAUCAAAGAGUAAGUUCAAAGGGGCAACUAAGAAAUGGGAGGAAAAUCAAAGGAGGUGGAAGUGUGAAUGGGAUAGAGAAAGAUUAGAGCUUGAUAGAAGGUUGAAAGAGCAAUGGAAUAGGAAUGAUUCAGAUGGUAAAUCGAUUAAUCAUAGCGAUGUUUUAAGGACGUUGUCUCGUGCUUUGAAGAAGACGGAGGAAGCUUAUUUGGACAUUGCUGAUAAGAUGGUGGAUGAAAAUCCUGAGUUGGCCUUAAUGGGUUCUUGUGUUGUUGGUAUGUUGAUGAAAGGGGAAGAUGUUUAUUUGAUGAAUGUUGGGGAUAGUAGAGCAGUUUUGGCACAAAAUAAAGAGCCAGAUCUAAGACUUGGUAAAAUUGAUCAGGAUUUGGAAAGGAUUAAUGAGGAAUCACUGUAUGACUUUGAAGUAACAGUAACAGAUGGUGUGAAACCUAGUCUUAAAACUUUCCAACUUACUAAGGAUCAUAGUACUUGUGUUGAAGAGGAAGUGCAAAGAAUUAGAGACGAACACCCAGAUGACGCAAUUGCUAUCGUUAAUGAUCGUGUUAAAGGUUCAUUGAAGGUCACUAGGGCUUUUGGUGCUGGUUUUCUUAAACAGCCUAAAUGGAAUGAUGCGCUUCUGGAGGUGUUCAGAAUAGACUACGUCGGUACUUCACCAUAUAUUAGUUGCCUACCGUUCUUAUAUCACCACAGAUUAGGCCCCAAGGAUCAGUUCUUGAUAUUAUCAUCUGACGGUCUUUAUCAGUACUUUACAAACGAAGAAGUCGUUGCUGAAGUGGAGCUCUUCAUUUCAUUGUACCCAGAAGGCGACCCGGCUCAACAUUUGGUUGAGGAAGUUUUGUUUCGUGCAGCAAAGAAAGCUGGUAUGGAUUUCCACGAGUUGCUAGAAAUCCCUCAAGGAGAUCGGCGCAGGUACCAUGACGAUGUCUCCAUCAUCAUCAUAUCCUUCGAAGGCAGGAUAUGGAGAUCAUGUGUAUAACAUUCUACAAAAUGGUACAUCAUGUAGAGGAACCUAGGAGAACAACAACAUUUUGCAAACUUCUUUUUUUUUUCCUUGUCACCCACAUAACAGGGUGAUGGGAAAUGUAUACAUAGACAUAAAGAGGUAGUUUAUGCUUGAGGGAAAUCAUUAUCUUGAUAUUAAGAUUUUAAGAUUUAAGAUUUAAGAUUUAAAGCUGUAAUUUCUGAAUAUAUUUCAUUAAUAUAUAAAAUUUUAUUCAUAA